AUGGCCUCCAAUCUCGACAAGACUCUCGCCAAUAUCCUCUCAUUACGCCUGUCUCAAGGCCGCCUUCGUCGCCUCACAAUUCCUUCUUCCAACUCUGUCGACUUUUCUUCAAACAGCUAUCUAUCACUUUCGUCUAAUCCGGCUGUCAAAGCUGCCUACCUGUCUUUCAUCCAGCCCUACCUGCAGUCAGCAGAUUCCGAAGCCGGCUUUGGUCUUGGAUCUGGAGGCUCUCGGCUAUUAGAUGGCAACUCAGCAUUUACAGAGGAUCUAGAAGAUCGAAUCGCCAAGUUUCACGGCGCGGAUGCAGGACUGUUGUUCAACUCUGGAUUUGAAGCCAACACAGGAUUAUUUGCCUGCGUGCCGCAAAAGGGAGAUGUCAUUGCUUACGACGAGUUGAUCCAUGCCAGUGUUCAUGAUGGCAUGAGACUCAGCAGAGCGCAAAGAAUCCCUUUUGCACACAACCAGGUCUAUGAAUGUUCUGCAGCAGCAUUGGAAACAUCAAUUGAGAAGAACAAGCUUCAAUGCCUCGAUUCUUUAUUGAGAAGCCUAUCAGAGGGCGCAGAAGGGGCUGAUGUGCGGAAUGGGAAGAAAAACAUCUUCAUAGCAGUUGAAGGAGUGUAUAGUAUGGAUGGAGAUGCAGCACCGCUAAAACACAUUGUUGAGUGCGUGGAAAAAAGACUGCCUCUCGGAAACGGCUACAUCAUUGUCGAUGAGGCGCACUCCACGGGAAUAUUUGGUUCUCAGGGAAGAGGACUCGUAUGCCAUCUUGGGCUUGAAAGCAGGAUAUGGGGCCGUGUGCACACCUUUGGCAAAGCCAUGGGAUGCUCUGGAGCCAUUGUGCUAUGUUCUUCAGUAACGAGAUCAUAUCUCAUCAACUAUGCCCGGAGCUUCAUCUAUACAACUGCCAUGGCCUUCCCUUCUCUCGCCAGCAUACGCACAACCUACGACUUCCUAGCACAGGGCCACGCCGAUCCUCUUCUUGAGCAUCUCCAGUCACUUAUCUUCCAUAUGCACAAUCUCCUCGCUGGUCUCAUUGAGCAGCAUCAUCCUUCACCAGAAUUAUUUCGCAUAAACUCAGAGACGCCACAGUCGCCAAUCCUACCACUGUUUACAAGCAGAGCAAGAAAUCUGGCGCAGUACUGCCAAGAGAGGGGCUUUACUGUGAGACCAAUUGUAGCACCAACAGUUCCAGCUGGGCAGGACAGAGUAAGAGUAUGCCUGCAUGCUGGAAACACCGUGGAAGAGGUGGAAGGGCUAUGCAAGGCGAUAGAAGAAUGGAUAAAAGGAGCCAUAAAGAGCAAGUUAUAG